AUCGGGGUGCGACGCCCCGGGGGACCGUGCGGGGUUUGGCUGGCUGGAAGGGGCGGCGGCGAGACCGGGCGGGAAGAUGCCAGUGGCGGUGAUGGCAGAAAGCGCCUUCAGCUUCAAGAAGCUACUGGAUCAGUGCGAGAACCAGGAGCUCGAGGCUCCUGGCGGAAUUGCGACGCCCCCGGUGUAUGGCCAGCUGCUGGCUUUGUAUCUGCUGCAUAACGACAUGAAUAACGCAAGAUACCUUUGGAAGAGAAUACCACCUGCCAUAAAGUCUGCGAACUCUGAGCUCGGGGGGAUCUGGUCGGUGGGACAGAGGAUCUGGCAGAGGGAUUUCCCUGGCAUCUACACGACCAUCAGCGCUCACCAGUGGUCCGAGACGGUGCAGCCCAUCAUGGAGGCGCUGAGAGACGCAACAAGGAGACGAGCCUUCGCCCUGGUCUCUCAAGCGUACACCUCGAUAAUCGCAGACGACUUCGCGGCCUUCGUGGGGCUUCCUGUGGAAGAGGCCGUGAAAGGUAUCUUGGAGCAAGGAUGGCAAGCUGACUCCUCCACAAGGAUGGUGCUGCCCAGGAAGCCAGUUGCAGGAGCCCCAGAUGUUUCCUUUAACAGAUUUAUUCCCUUAUCAGAGCCCGCCCCCGUGCCGCCGAUUCCUAACGAGCAGCAGCUGGCCAGACUGACCGAUUAUGUGGCUUUCCUGGAGAACUGAUGGAUCCCAGAGUUCAAGAUCCACCUUCAGAAUCUUGUCCAUUGACGCGUAGAGAAACAUAAAAUUGUAUUUCCAAUUUCUUGGCUGGAUUAAGCACCUCAGCAUUCCUGAGUAUGUGAUAAAAUGCACGUGUACUAUAAAGUGUACUAUAUAUACUUUGUCCUCACA